AGACUCUGACUGGAGACUAGGUAGCAUUCAUUCAACCACUUCAGCUCCAUUCAAAAUUGAAACCACAUGCACAGGACUAGUUUACAACACUGUAAACUUCAAAUUGAGACACAGGACUAGUCUAUAACACUGUAAACUUCAAACUGAGACAUAGAACUAGUCUAUAACACUGUAAAAAUCAAAUUGAGACAGUAAACUAUUGCAUGGCAAUAUAGUCCCCUAGCUACCAACAGAAAAAGAAUAGAAUGCAAAUUUCAUGCAAAAUUUGUUAAGAAUUUAAUCUAAAAAUAACAAUUACAAGAUAUUUCCAGGUGCAAAUAUAUAAGGCAAGUUAAAAUUUUAAAAAAUGUGGAAUAAGGUUUCACUGAGGAUGUUAUAUUUGGUUUAUUGUCUAUAACUCAAAAAUCAAUGGACUGGAACAAAAUUCAAACUUGAUCUGUAACUUGUCAUGAUAAAGCAAUUAAUGUACCAAAUAUUCUGCAAGUAUGAGGAAAAAAAGUGGGAAAUUUUCGAAGUCCAAAAGUCAUAACUAAGCAAAAAAUCAAUGGACUAGCUGAAACAAAUUUCGAACAUGAUCUGCAACUUGUCAUUAUAAAGUAAUGUACCAAAUAUCAAUUGAAUAUCUGCAAGCAUAAUGAAAAAUAGUGCAGAAAAGUGAUUUGCCAGACCGACAGACAGAUAUACAGAGAACAAACUAAAGUUGGCCCUUUCAACAAAAGGACUAUAAUAACAGCAAACGCUUUUCUUUCAUGAACAAGUGAAGAUAAUGAAUAGUGAUCAAUUUUCACAAAAGAUACAAAAUUAAAAAGGGCAAACACGAACCCUAGACAUACAAGAGGUGGGAUCAGGUGCCUAUACAGGAGGAGUAAGCAUCACAUAAUGACCUUCUAAUAAAUGAAUUAGCAGGCAGAUCCAGGAUUUGAAGUUGGGUGGGGCACACAUAGAAGACAAGGAGUCUGGGGAAGCAGGUACUUUAGUGAUUGGCUCCAGCGAAACCCUCAUGGAUCAUACUCAAUGCCUUCUGAAAAAGCCUACUGUGACAAUAUACUAUCUGCAUUACAUAGUACCAGCACUGGGGACUGAGCUGCAUCACUCAAUCACAUACAACAUUCAUCAAAAGAUUACUAGAUAUUUGUAAGCUAUGCACAAGUCUAAAAUCUAGAGUUCUCUGUCACCUUCUGCUAUAAUCUACCAGGGACCAAUUGAAUGGGGACUUGAUUGCAAAAUUAUUGACAAUUCUCAGACUGAGCAAUCUUGUGCCAUGAUUAGGCCACUUGAAAGAUGAAAACGUUUUCAUAAUAUCUGGUCUGUAGAGAAAACUGAAAUCCAAUGGAGGGGAGAGAUAUUGAUCAUGUCUAUCCAUAAAGUGAAAUGAAACAUCCAGAGAGUAUCAGAAAUGAAAAAUUCAUGCUAUAUAGACAGAAUCUUUUAUUCAUGCACAAAAGAAUUAAUGUUAAUUUUAAAUAUCACAGAAACCCAUCAUACAUACAAAGAAUGAAUUCACAUUGGUACAACUGAAAUAAAAUUUCAAUGAUAGUUUACCUGAAAACACACUCGUUUUUGCAAUCUCCUUGGACUACGAGCACCAAGAUGAGAUAAAGCUGGGCUCCUUAAAUGAUGCCGCGAAGAGAUGGGGUCCAUAUCGAACACUGUUCAUAUAUCACAUAGCAGUUCAAACAUCCCAAAGUUACAAUGAAAUCUUGCUAUCAACAUUGUCAUUGCAUCCUUUUCAACAUGUUCCACAGAAAACAAUGAGAUAUACUGGAGCACACAAUUCAUUCUAAUCUAAGUUCUGUGUAACCAAAGAUAUUGUCCUCCAACACAGCUUAUACCAAACAUUGAUUUUCUUAUCUAAAGAAACAGUAAUUAGCACAUUUCAAAAAUGCUGUUAAUAUCUCCAAAGACUCCAAAGUCUCUCAACAUUAGAGAAAAUUAAAUUAUAUAAAAAAAGACUUCACAGUUCACAUGUGAUCCAGCCACUGAAUGCAACUCACUCCUGCCUCUGAACGAGACAAAUAAAUAAUGAUCCCAUUCCAAUGCUUAAUUCCUUAUGGUGAAAUAUUGCAUAUUCUUGAUUGAUCUAACAACACUAAAACUAGGGAGGAAAAAAACAUUACAUAAUGCUUGAUGCCAUUUCACAGAAAACCCCAACACACCAAUAUUCUUUAAUACAAGUGGUUAAUUUACAUCAUUCCAAAGAGCUUGCAAGCUUUCCUCUGAAUCCCUCCGAGUUUCUGACUGCUGGAACAGGUAUAAUCUCAGCAAUUUACUUUAUGACCACUAUAACUACAAGACAACCUAAUCAAGGGUUCUUGUGAGAAAAUACACACUUUUGGGACCAAAAACCAAUACGUCUGCACUUGUUCCGAUGAUUAAAUCCUUUUGUCAAGUGAUAAUUUGCAGCAUCAAUAGUAUAAUUGGUAAUGUCCAAAACAAGUGACACUACAAGAUUGAUUACUGAAUGAGUGAUUCUCAUGAUCUAUAAAAGCAGAUUAAGUGAUUCAGAUUCUUCUGAUUCUCCAACAAGUAAGAAAAUGACAUGCAAUUACUAAAAAGGAUUACAUUCUUUCACCUGCGCAGAAUCCUAAUAAUAAAUGAUAGAGCAUUCCAUCGAUAGGUCAAACACCAGGGAAGGAGACGAGACUUGGCCAUUCAAUAGAAUCUCUUCAAUUAUACCAUUCAGCAGGAACACAGCAGUACUUGCAGACGACCUUAAACGUCACAUACAAUAACUGCAAUGAAACCUACAAUCAAUUCUCAGUAACUCCUAAAAUUUCCAAAUGAACAAUGGAUAAAAAAAACCAAAUUCAUAAUGGAAUGGCAUCAAAGUGAAAUAACGGAUGUCUGGCCAACUAAGGGGGUAAAAUCUCUUUCAACAUUGAAAUACUGUCAAAUGAUGGGAAAAAGCUGGGAAUGUUGCAGUCUUCCUGAGGGAAGCCAUAUCACACAUGAUCCUACAUCGCAGCAAUGGUUUACUCCCAAGACACUGUCUAAUUCCAUGAAAAACUUUCAGUCAACUAACAUGGAGCUUACAUUAGAAAGCCAAAGUCCUAAAUGCAACUACAACCUUUUACUCUGCUCCCAAAAUGCUGAAUUCCAUUUGAUUUUUGUGAUCAGAAUAUGGUGAUCAAGAUACAUUGAUUAGUUGGCAAAUGCUCAUUGACAUGAGUUUUAGAAGGCAUUUAUUUAGAGAUUAGGGCUGAAUUUUCCAAUGAAUUUUCCAAUAAUGACACUUGUUGUCCAGCAUGCAUAUGAAAGGCAUAAAUUAUCAGAUUAAAUGGACUGGAAGAUAUUGCAGCCGAUGAGUUCAAACAGUCAUUGGACAAUUUAAGCCUGCCAUUUCUUGGUGGCAUAAGCUACAUUUUUUUCUAAUAAGCAAACAUCAUUAAAAGAAUUUAAUUUCCACAAUGAGGUUAUAACAUAAAGUGUAAUGUUUGCAAUUAUCAAGUUCAUGUACAAGCAUUAUGACCAAUAGAGAUUCUGAAAUUAUUUUUUUUAAAAUGAUCAAUAAUGCAAUAAUCAUUCAAAAUAUUUUACGGUUCAUUAAUAUAAUAUUUUUUUUUUUUUUUUAAAUUUUGUUUAUACAUAUCCAAAUAGUUUUCAUGUGUAUAUAGCAUUAUUUGGGCAUGAACCUUUGAUGGAUAUCAUCUGGGCAUCCUAUAAUGAUCCAAAUCAGAUGGAAGGAAUCUAAUGGCUCCGUCCUUGGGUCUGAACACCUGACACAAGGGUGAUAAAUUCUUCAGUUUUAAAAAUAGAUUUAAUGCAAUUUCAGUAAAUGACAUAAAUUUGUAGAAAACACUCAAUUGCAAUACUUGUUCAUGCAGGAAAUCCCUUUUUCAAUCACUAGUCUGUAAAGCAUUGGUACUAGUCUGUUCACUAUAAUUAGUAUAUCAAAUGAUAACAUAAAUUAAUUUUUUUAUCCAGCGGUAUUUAAUCAAACCAAACAAUUCAGUUUCCAACAUGGAUUCCACAGAAAAAAAAAGACAACCAUCCUUUAUUUUCAUUUUUUUCAGAAGCAUCAAUAACCUGAGAGACACAGUUUGGAAGGUCAGCAUGUCAUUAUCAUGCAAUCGCUUAACCAUGCUGGCAUUUGACCUUCAGUUCAAACGUCUUACAGACUUUGACAAAUUUGCUAAAAUCUUAACAAAUUCAAGAUUGAUAUCCGAAUUUUUGCUAGUUCGUACAGACUUAGUGCCAUGGAUUUUACUGGUCUGACAUAUUUAUUAGUUUUGGACUUUAAUAUGGACACAGGUAAUUUCAAAUCCUGCUUGUUAUAACUGUCAAUCCAAUUUGUCUGCUGUGCUGAAGAGUUGAGAUGAUUUUCAAAGAUGUAAUGUAUUUUCAGUAUAUGGGCCAUAUCCAUCAAUCCUGAAUUACACCAUUUUGGUAUGCAAGACGUUCAUGCUGAGUGCUUAUAAUUACAUGUAUGUUCCAAUUAAGUGAAUGUUUUUGUUCAUGAGCAGCAGAGACAUUAAAGAAAACUUAUUGUACAUUCAGUACAUAAUUCAUACAGUUCCACCCUGAUGCUUAAACCCUUGACCCACUGGCGUAAUGGAACUCAAUAAUUCAGUAAGAAGUCUCUAUUAUGCUACCAUAACUAUGCACUUAUAAGUCUAUAGGCUAAAUAGCCAGGAGCUACAAAGACAACUUAAAAAAUAUGUUGCAUUCUUAGUGAGUCUAAUGAAGACAUGUAUCCCUGUCCUGGGGCCUGUAUCCCUGUCCUGUAUCCCUGUCCUGUAUCUCUGUCCUGGGGUCUGUAUCCCUGUACUGGGGUCUGUAUCCCUGUCCUGUGUCCCUGUCCUGGGGCCUGUAUUUCUGUCCUGGGGCCUGUAUCCCUGUCCUGUAUCCCUGUCCUGGAGUCUGUAUCCCUGUCCUGUAUCUCUGUCCUGGGGCCUGUAUCCCUGUCCUGUAUCCCUGUCCUGGGGCCUGUAUCCCUGUCCUGGGGUCUGUAUCCCUGUCCUGGGACCUGUAUCCCUGUCCUGGGGCCUGUAUCCCUGUCCUGUAUCCCUGUCCUGUAUCUCUGUCCUGGGGCCUGUAUCCCUGUCCUGUAUCCCUGUCCUGGGACCUGUAUCCCUGUCCUGGGGCCUGUAUCCCUGUCCUGUAUCUCUGUCCUGGGGUCUGUAUCCCUGUCCUGUGUCCCUGUCCUGGGGUCUGUAUCCCUGUCCUGUGUCCCUGUCCUGGGGCCUGUAUUUCUGUCCUGUAUCCCUGUCCUGGGGCCUGUAUCCCUGUCCUGUGUCCCUGUCCUGUAUCCCUGUCCUGUGUCCCUGUCCUGGGGCCUGUAUCUCUGUCCUGGGGCCUGUAUUUCUGUACUGGGGCCUGUAUCCCUGUCCUGUAUCCCUGUCCUGUAUCCCUGUCCUGUGUCCCUGUCCUGGGGCCUGUAUCUCUGUCCUGGGGCCUGUAUCUCUGUCCUGGAGUCUGUAUCCCUGUCCUGUAUCCCUGUCCUGUAUCCCUGUCCUGGGGCCUGUAUCCCUGUCCUGGAGUCUGUAUCCCUGUCCUGUAUCCCUGUCCUGUAUCUCUGUCCUGGGGCCUGUAUUUCUGUACUGGGGCCUGUAUCCCUGUCCUGUAUCCCUGUCCUGGGGCCUGUAUCCCUGUCCUGUAUCUCUGUCCUGGGGCCUGUAUCCCUGUCCUGUAUCCCUGUCCUGGGGCCUGUAUCUCUGUCCUGGGGUCUGUAUCCCUGUCCUGGGGCCUGUAUCCCUGUCCUGGGACCUGUAUCCCUGUCCUGGGGCCUGUAUCCCUGUCCUGGGGCCUGUAUCUCUGUCCUGUAUCCCUGUCCUUGAGUCUGUAUCCCUGUCCUGGGGCCUGUAUUUCUCUUCUGGACCUGUAUCCUUGUUCUGUUCUAGGGCCUGUAUCCUUGUUCUGUUCUAGGGCCUGGCCUGUAUCGGAGCUUGCAUCACCUGUAUCCCUGUCCUGGGGCCUGUAUCCCUGUCCGGAUUUCACAAUGUCUCAUCAUACAACUAAGCAAUCUAAUUAAAAUUAGAUCCUUGUGAUAGAAUUUUAAAUAGAUUGACAACUAUGCAACUUGUUUGUUUGCUAGAUUUUCAGAUAUAAGAAGAUUGAGUCUCAAAGGUAUUGAUGCAUUUUUCCUAAGACCCCCAGGGCCUAAUCGCCAUGAAUAUAACAAUUUACCAUUGCUUAUUAUUAUCAUUAUAACUAUUAUCCAGUUUGCAUAAAUAGAGAAGUUUCAAAUGUUGAAAAUAAUUUCAGUUUAUACUCCAUUAUAUCCCCACCCUGGGGCCAUAAAUUCACAACCCUCUCUCCACAUCCCCAUCAGUCACAUUCAUUCUGUACACCCCCCCCCCCCCCUCUACAGCCCAAUGAGUUACAUUCAGUACAACCCCCUCUCCACAUCCCCAUCAGUUAUAUUCAUUCAGUACAACACCCCCCUCUCCACAUCCCCAUCAAUUACAUUCAUUCAGUAUAACACCCCCCUCUCCACAUCCCAAUCAAUUACAUUCAUUCAGUACAACACCCCCCUCUCCACAUCCCCAUCAAUUACAUUCAUUCAGUACAACCACCUCUCCACAUCCACAUCAAUUACAUUCAUUCAGUACAACCACCUCUCCACAUCCCCAUUAAAGUACAUGAAGGGUAGUCUAGAAAUCUCGGUAUUUUGACAAUAGGUGAUCAUUUGAGAAUUCCAUCUUACUUACAUUGUCUCAAAAUUGGGAAUUUCUUGAUUAUGAACUGAGAAUUGUCUGCUUAUUUUCCAAUUGGGAAGGGUCGUUUUACUGGACCCGGAGAUUGACCGCCCUGUACAAGAUGCUUAGGAGAAAAGAAUAUUUUUCAGAGACUGCACUAUUUCAGUGGUUUAGGCCUCACCCAUUGGACCAAAUAGGAAGAGUGACCAGGAGAUUUACAGUUUCUAUUUCCCUAAUAGGGAGAGUGACCAGGAGAUUUACGUUUCUAUUUCCCUAAUAGGGAGAGUGACCAAGAGAUUUACAGUUUCUAUUUCCCUAAUAGGGAGAGUGACCAAGAGAUUUACAGUUUCUAUUUCCCUAGCUAUCACCAAAGAUUCCGAACACCUAACUAAAAGGUGAAACUUGAUUAAGUAGUUUUUAAGAUCUUUAUAGAAUUUACAACUGAUGACGAAAAAAAUGCAACAAAUCAAGUAACCUAAGAGUGAACGAAAAGAAAAAACUGAGAGAUCUACUAUAACACUUGUUGCCCAUAUACAUGUAUAUCAGGGGCCUUGUUUAUACAGACUAGUUUACACAUAUAUAACAGGGAGAAAUUAUUCUUGCCCAUGUUUACCAGUAAGACCUGAGUCCCCAGUUUGCCAAUGUAUAAUCAGCGAGUUCAGCACUGUUAAACAUACACUGUUUGUUUGCCUAAUGUAUAUCAGUAUGACCUUGUAUAAACUAGAUGUAACUUUAGUCAUUAACAUAGAUUAAUUAAUGAACUCUUUAAUCAUAUAUAAAUAUGUAUGAAAGUUUAUCAAUUAAACAACAUUUAUCUGAUCACCAUGUAAAUAAACAACUCUCUAGCUAUAUUUCAAAGUGAAAAUGAAACCCAGGUACUGACUGAAAGUGGGUACACAAAAGCCUAAACCAGAUUCCAUAAUCGUUAAUAGUUGUUUCUCAUUUUUAGUGACUCUGUGUUGACAAUUUGUUACUCCAAAUUAUAUAUAAUGACUUCACCUAAUUACACAAACUUAAGGUUUAAUGAUGUGUAUACCAAAACAGGUGAUUUACUUAUAAUCUCAACAAAAUGGAGAUUACCGAAGAAUGAUACAAUACAGCUGCUCAUGUUAAAGAUCUAAAUAAUAUCCUGUUUUAAACAUCAUGUUAAAGAUCUAAAUAAUACCCUGUUUUAAACAUCAUGUUAAAGAUCUAAUUAAUACCCUGUUUUAAACAUCAUUUGGUUUUAAUGACAUUUCUUAAACAUGACUUUCUUUUCUUUGCACCGUUCAUGUAAGUGUAUAUUAAUGUAACUUAAAUCUCUAUCACUGAAUACCUGCUGUAUAUUAUAUUCACAUAUAAAACAUGUACAUAUAUACUCAACAUAAUAUGCCUCGAUCCUUAAAAAAAUAUUACCAAACUGGUAUCUUGCAUGUUUUCAUUUGGAACUGUACAUCUUAAUUGAUCAGUCAAGUUGCAAACCAAUCCAAUUCAAACUGUACCAGACCAAUCACAAACAUCCCCCAUACAUGAAAUUGAAGAUCCCCCUACCAAAUACUUAUCCAAAAAUCCAAGAUGUCUUACACAACUACAUUUGAUAAUUUUAAUGAACAUCCUUGUCAUGUUUUCUUCCGAUUUAAACUAUAACAGAAACCGAGUUCACACGCAUCACUACAUAUAUCAAAAUAAAAGUAGUUCAAUCCAUAGCGUAGAAUAUCCAAGAAUUUGAUUUUAUCCAAAUCAGAUGUUUCUUGCACAACUAUACACUGUUGUGUUCAUAAACUUUGUGAUGGGUGGAUAUAGAUGGACAGACAGGAUAAAAACAUUGAAUGUGUCUUCCUUGGGGUUGGGAUUGGGGGGUGUCAUAAUUCUCUGAAUAGGAUGUAAUGUGAAUAUGUCAAAUAUUCAUUUAAAUUAAUAAUAAUUUUUCAACUACUCACAAAUCCACAAAAAAAAUCAGCACAUCAUGAGUGAAAAAAAAAUAUUUAAGACGUCCGACAAUGAAGUUACCUUGCAGAGUUUGACUUCCAGGCGAUAAAUAUCUUCCAGAAGUCCUUGUUCCAUUAUCCUGGCUGUGACAGCCAGUCAUUCCUGUCCUUCACACACUAUAAUGCAUUAACAGAUUUCCAUUGAACUUUUAAACUGUUUAUCUCCAUCCUUUGGCCAGUGCCCAUAUAAGCACAUUAACUUCCCUGCGACAUAAUUAUUGGAUAAGUCCUAGAUUUACCUAAUUCCUGUUACACAGGACACUUAUGUUGUGUCUGUCCUCCUGAUCCAGGUGUGUCAAUCACAGGGGCUGUAUAGAUAUAAUUCCCACUUACAUAAACCUUUGAAUCUAUGUCAGAUCAAUUAGCACUUUGGUCCUUCCAUAAUUAUGCUAGGAGUCUAACAAGUGGAUGACAAUCUAUAACGUGAUAUAUUUCACACUCUGCUUUUUGCCCAUAUUCAACAGUCAAAAUGUAAAUGCUAAAAAAUUUCAAUGUUACUGCAUCUAAAAUUUCUCAGUUAAUGAAGCUGAUGAUUUGACAUCCAAAUUAUUAAACAGAUAAAUAUUAAAUACUUAUCAUUUGUGCCAAGAACUCUGCAGGACAGAGAGCCUAUAAUGGGACUUUAGAAUGAAAAUUAUAGUUAAAAAUACUGAUUACAUGAAUCUAAAUCUAAAAGCUUUUUCGAAUUGGAAGGAACUUGGUAUAAAUCUAAAGCUAGGCAUGCAAGGAAUAGUGUACUGGCAAAGACCAAACAACCCACCUGGAUUGAAACCGUACAAUAUGGGAAUACAAUACUUCUAUAGCCG